AUGGAAGACGUUCUGUCGAAAAUGCAGAAAACACCAAAGCGGCCGUCAUCAAACGCCAAGAGAAGCACCCUGAAUGUAACAAGCAAAAGAGCCGUGGUCGCUGAUAACUCGCAUGAGGAAGAAGAUGUUACCAUGACAAGUGCGGUGCCUGAAGCAGCCAAUGGUAAUUACUCAGUUCAGCAAGCCAAUGGGACAUAUGUGGUUCAAAAAGAUGGGACAUUUGUGGUUCAAAAAGAUGGGACGUUUGUAGUUCAAAAAGAUGGUACAUAUGUGGUGGAAGCAGCCGCUCCAAACGGGUCUCAAGUGCAACAGCAACAAAACGCUACGUUUACCAUCGAACAAACCGAGAACGGUCAACCUUUUGUACACGAAAAUAGUGCAGUCGGUUCCUCCAAGGCAACGAAUACUGUGGAACCUGUGUUCGCAGUGCCAGCUCUUCCUAAACGAACCACGAAGAACACAGCGAAGACCACCGUCGAACAGAGGGAGAAGAGGAUGAAUACGUCUCAGAAGAAGAAUGCUUCAAUUUUGGAGAUGAUGGACUUAGAUAUACCCUCGCCUGGAAGGACUCUUUUUGCCGCUCUUCCCUCUAAAAAGCAGCGGACGUUAACAAAAACACCUGUCAAAGCGAAAACACUGGAGAAUGAAGGUAAUUUUAACCUAUUUUCAUCGUUUUCAGAGUAG